AUAUCUUGUACGGAAGAAAGUGACGUAGACAAGAUUAAGAAAAAUAUUGAUCAAAAAAAUAUUGGAGAUAGCGGCGUUCAGACUAUUCUCCAGGAAAAAUUAGCAGCGAAGCAAAAAGAGUUACUGGAAAAUUAUGGCACCAAAUUUAAUAAAAAGAUUGAAUAAACAAUACUUACUACAAUCUUGUUGCCUGAAUAGGGUGAGCAAAAGAACAAAACAGAGGUGGAAGCUUUUGCAACACCAGUCUUCUGAAUAUUCCGCGUCUAGAGAAAUAACGCAAAAUAUUACCGUUAAUUUAGCGGAAACUAUCGAUACCUCUGAAUGCGUUAUGAGUAAUAAUGAAUUUUUAUCAAGCUCUAAUAAAUCUGCGAUUUUAAAUCAUUUUGGGAAUGAAAAUAUUGAAUUUAUGGAAGCAAAUGAUUUUGAUAAUGUGUACAAUGAUAACUCGGACGGCUCUUCUAGUGACGACAGUGAUUCUUCAGAUUCAUCCGACUCUGAAAAUUUUUCCGCAGAAGAUGAAGAUUUUUCGUCAGAUGAUCAUGAUUCUGAAAGUUCAUCAGAAAAUGAUAUGAAUUGUAAAUCUAAUAAUGAAUUUUCUGGGUCUUAUAGUGAUAAAUCUAAAACAUUUAAUACUGAUCACAUGCAAGGCAAGACGAUGAUGUUUUCCAAAGCACAACUAACUGUAGCAGAUGUGCUGUUAAUGGUCACAGUUUACUCUAUUAAACAUAGAUCAACAAAACGAGAAGAAGACGAUUUGAUUGGUCUCAUAAAAAUAUUGGCUGGUCCAGAAUUCUCAUCAUGGAACCCUUCACAUCAUGCACGAGCAAAAGCAUACAACCCCCCGAAAUCAAAAAUUAAUACACAUUUUUUUUGUACAAAUUGCAAUAUUAUAUUAACUUCCCACAAUAAUAGUCAAAAAAUGAAAAAAAAAUCGAUAAAAUGCACAACUUGUGAAGCAAAAUAUAAGUUAACAUUAGAAAGUACCAAUCAAUUUGUUACAAUUGAUUUUCAGUAUCAAUUAGAAUCUCUUCUACAUGAAAAAGAAAUUCAAGAAGAUUUAUUGAAAACCUUCACUAAGCUCGAUGAACGUGAGAAUGAUGGUAUUAUCAAUGAUAUUUACGAUUCCAAGUUUUAUAAAGACAUUCAACAAUUGUCACCCCAAACAUUAACAUUUAAUCUCAAUACUGAUGGCGCACCGGCAUUUAACAGCUCUAAUCGAAGCUUCUGGCCGAUACAAUUAAUUUUGAACGAACUUUCACCGCAAAUUCGUAAGCAAAAUGUAAUUCUUGCUGGUAUGAUGUUAACUUCAACAGAGCCAAGUCCGCAAUUGAUGAACAGUUAUUUAUCUAAGUUCCUCGAUGACGCUGAAAAAUUAAUGACGAAUGGAUUAAAUAUCACUAUGCAUGAUUCAAAUUUACAGAGGAAUUUUAAAGUUCAUUGUCAUCUCGUAUGCGUAGAUUCAGUGGCUAGACUGGUUCUACAGUAUCGGUAUCAGUUUAAUGGGUAUUAUGGUUGUAGUUGGUGUUAUGCACAUGGAGAAUACUUCAACUCAGCUAUGCGUUACCCCAUCACUGCAAAUGAUCCGGCUUUACGGACGCACAAUGAUUUCAUUCGUGAUGUAGAAAAUGUUGAAGAACUGGGUCGUCCUGUUAAUGGCGUAAAAGGACGUCCUGAGCUACUACGAUUAAAACAUAUAGACUGUAUAUGGAGUUUCCCAGUAGAUUACAUGCAUGGCGUUUUGUUAGGAGUUACCCGUCAGUUAUGGUCCAUUUGGACUACACCUAAAACUCCCUAUUAUUUGACACGUAAAAAUCGGAAGGAAAUUGAAAAACGGUAUCUUUGCAUAAAACGGCCUCAUGAAAUUCACAGAUUGGUGAGAUCUAUGAAAACUAUGGCGAAAUGGAAAGCUUCAGAGUGGGAGUCAUGGUUGUUAUUUGACAGCUUGCCCUGUUUAACUGGAAUUUUAAAAAAGGAAUGCUUUGAUUCGUAUUGCUUAUUUGUGUCAAGCAUUUUUAAACUAUUAUCUGGUAAGAUAAGUGAAAGAGAAAUACUUGAAUGUGAACUUCAUUUAUUACAAUUCGUUGGUGAAUGUCAACAAUUUUAUGGAAAAGGUGUAAUGACAUUUAAUUUACAUUCUAUGAUUCAUAUUCCUAAAUCAGUACGACAAAGUGGACCUCUGUGCUCUAGCAAUACAUUCAUUUUCGAAAAUGGAAUAUUCAAUUAUAAAUUGGAGAUAAAUGUUGCUCACGGCGUUUCCCAGCAAAUUGUUUCAUCAACGUUAAAAACAAAUCAUGUUCGCAAUAAUAUUGAUAAUGCAACGGAAUCAACUACCUGUCGUAAUUAUUGUAAGAAUCUAUUUCUCCCACAAUACUUAACGAAUUAUUCCCGUACAAGUAAUGGGGCCAUGCUCACUGGUGCAGCAAAUGAACCGAAUUCAAGAAUUAGUUUUCUUGUUCGUGAUCUCAAUAUUGAAGUAAUACAUAGUAUUCAAGUCUUUAGCAGAUGUAUUUUUAAAAAAAAAAUUCUUCGUAGUAUCAAUUAUACUCGACCAACAAAAACGGAUGAUACGGUUAUUCGACUGAAGAUGCACAAGAAAAUGCAAAUACAUGAUUUCGUUGUUGUUAAUGACAUUUGUUAUGUAUAUGGCCGAGAACUCAAAACUACUUUAUCAGACUUUUGUACCCAAGGGCUGAAUCACAUUUUGGAAGUAGAAAGUGUGCAAGGAGAUGAAAUUUUUGAAAAUAUUGACUGUUUUGAAUCAAAGCUUAUAUUUUACACUACUGGAAUUAAAAAUUAUGUUUCAUCACUGCCAGAUCAUUUAGGAAAUUAAUAGAGCAAGAAAAUAAUUAUUUAUGUUUAAAACGCAAUGGAUGAGCAGCAGUCUAAGGAUAUGAACAAAGAAAAUAAUGGCAAUACCGGCAAUAUGACUGAAGAAAACAACCCCCAUAAAGAUUUCGAAACUAAUGAAGAUUCUCUGGUAAAUACGGAAGAUUCUAUCG